AUUCCGAUAAGUUCUUACUAUAAAUAACAUAAAAUUCCAUCUAAAAGCGUUAAGUUUGUUCAGAUGUGUUUUCUACUCUCACAGAGACAACCUGGGCUACAACAAUGCUGCGAAUGUUAUUACCUUAUGUAUUGAGCUUUAUAUCUGUUUUGGGAACUUACAACAGUGCAGAGUUAGUACAUGACCAUCAAUGGAAAGAUGUCUUACCUUAUUUAAAUAUUAAGAACUUUCAAGAAACCAGAUCUUCUGUGUUUGCGACUACCAACAAUACCAUCUGUGCACAACAUUUUCAGGUCUACAUGGACCAGAUCACUACCAGCUACUGGGCGAUGCUGAUGUUUGACUCCUCGACGAAGUUUCCGGAGAGUGUGCUGAUGGGGCAGUCGGUGUUCCUCGGGAAUUUCGACGAGUGCAUCGAAGUGGAGCACGUGAACACUGGCGUCGGGGUGUUCAGUGGCCAAUAUUGUCUCGCCGAAUUUCGGCAGAAACAAGACGCAGUCCAGACACUCGGCCCGCAAAACUUGCCACAUGUGGAAAGCCUCAGAAUAAGAGCUCCUAAUGUGAGAGGCAACGACAGAACUGUCGCGUUUGAUUUAUCUGACUUGAGCCUCACGCUGUCCUACUGUAUUCCAUCAACAUGCAGCGCGAAGGAUUUUGAAGAGAUCUUCACUUCAUACCUACAAGAUAGGAAUCUCCCUGUAAUGACAUCAGUAGCUGAGGAGUACUGCCAAACUAAUGAGGGAAAAUCGCUCGCUACGGAGGACUGGAUAACUGUCGGUAUUCUUGCUGCCUUUUUACUGCUGAUCGUCUCAAGUACUGCGUAUGACCUCAUAGGCAAAGGACAGAAGAAGGAACUGCUGCUGGCAUUCUCUGUAUAUAGCAAUGGCAAGAAGUUGCUGAGUACGAAAUCUUCUGGGGACACUCUUCAAGCUGUUCACGGUAUCAGGUUUAUUACGAUAUGCUGGGUCAUUCUGGGUCACCGAUACACAUUGGACAGUAAAGCUCCAAAUAUCAAUCUCAGCACGUCUAUUGAUUUCUUAUCGGAUCCUGGCCGUCUGUAUAUCACUAAUUCACCGCUUUCAGUGGACACAUUUUUUGUCCUGAGUGGAUUGUUACUCGGUUACAUAUUUCUGAAACAAAUGAAGCAUAAGACAUCGGGUUUCAACAUCCCAAUGUUCUACGUCCAUCGGUAUAUCAGAUUAACUCCGCCUUACGCGAUCGUCAUCCUGUUCAUUGCCACGCUGUACAGAUAUGUAGGCUCCGGUCCUCUGCUUCCAGUAACAGCCAAUCAGAUGGCAGAAGACUGUCAGAGCAACUGGUGGAGAAAUAUCCUCUACAUCAACAAUUAUUUUGAUAUAAACCAAAUGUGCGUGCCUCAGUCCUGGUACCUCUCCGUGGACAUGCAGUUGUUCCUGCUGUCUCCAAUAGUGCUCUACCCACUGUGGAAAUGGCCUCGAAAGUGGAACAUCCUUUUGUUAGGAACUCUCGCUAUAGGCGGAGUUCUUUCGCCCUUUAUAAUUUCAUAUGUCGAAGAGGUCUCGGCCACUUUCAUUGUAGAAAAUCAGUUGGCAGCUGGUUUUGAAAAAGCACAGUUGUACUUCGCUGCGUAUUCAAGAUUUGGUCCCUGGAUCAUCGGCGUGAUCUUCGGGUACCUUGUGUAUGAAGCAAAGAGGAAGGAAUUGAAGUUGUCAUUGAUACAAAUUACAGCGGCUUGGAUUCUGAGCAUCGUCGCUAUGCUGGCAUCCCUCGACGGAAUCUAUUCAUUCGUUCAGCCCGAUGCUGAUAAAACCAUAUUGGAAUCUGCCUUUUAUAAUGGUCUCUUCCGAAACGUCUGGGCUUUUAGUGUUGGUGUGACGAUCUUCAUGUGUGUGACCGGUUAUGGAGGACCUGUCAACACGCUACUCUCUUGGAGGGUAAUUACACCACUUAGUCGCCUGACGUACUGCGUGUACCUGACACAUAUGAACUAUCAGUUCGUGGAGUCACGUUCUGCAAGAACUCCCAUCUAUCUCGCUGAUCUUACUGAGUUUCCAGCUUUCCUCUCUGACGUCAUAAUUUCGCUGAUACUGGCCGCCAUUCUCUCUUUAGGCUUUGAAGCUCCGGCAAUAAAUCUUGAGAAGAAUCUUCUGGGAAGAGGCAGGAAGACCAAACAAGAUAACACUGAAGAAGGGUCCCCACAAAAACAAGAAGGAAGUGACAAGGGAGACACAAAUAAACUGGUGGAAGAGCCAGUCGCUUUAGGGGAAGGAAUUCACAACAUUACUGAAGUGGUUGUGAAGGACACGCGGGAAGAUAGGAUGGGACAUCCAAUUAAGGAAUAGGAAGUAAGAGAAGGGGCACGGAAGAGACGCAACGGAAUGCGAUACGUGACGAGGACCAUGAAGACGGAAGCAGUGUGUUCCUUCGAAAUUUCAACUAGACUUCAUGGCAUAACAUCCCAUGUAAGACAAUAUACGUCAAGGCAUGUGAGGUUUUAUGAACUUCUGGCAUGUAAUACCACGUGUCCUAGUACAUAUUUACUUCCGAGUCAUUGGUAAAUAUAUUAGUAGGCUACAUGGCGUCAGAUCCCGGAAGAUUGCAAUUUUCACAGUCCCCGCUCUGAGAACCUCAGAUCUUAUAAGAUAUGAGAAGUUUUCAUAUUCUUACGAUGUUGAAUGAAAAUUCAAUAAUUGAACACUUUUAGCUACUUUUACGUUUUAUAUUUUUCCCUUUUGAAUUUUCUUCACUUCCUACAGAAAUGGUACAACCACCGCUUGGUUAAUUAACUUUUAAAAACGUACAUUUUAAGUUAUGACUCUAAUGUGACUUAAGUAUUAUUGCAUCCCAAUGUCUAGACAGACGCAGUGAAGAAGGUGCACUGCUGCCUGCAACUCAACAUUAAUUUUCCUCUCUAUACUCAGUAUACAGAAUGUCCAUGGCUUAACUGUGAGCUUUUGGGAUCAUUUCGAGCUGAAAAGUAGAAAUAAACAUGGGUCCGAUCUACAACGGGUUGCCACGAAAAUUAGAUGUAUGGAGAUACCCAGUUCGAAUCUUGACUGCAAUAAAUCUAUAGUGACUAAGAGAAUAAAUAUCCCUAAAUAUUUUCAUGGAAAAUAGGUUGUCUUAGGUUCUUCCAGGGAAAAUAAUUAUGACCAUGUCCUGAUGCAGAUCAGUACCU